AUGAAGCCCAGCGCAGGUAACUGCACUUUUUAAUGAUGCCAUUUGCCUAAUGCCUUCUUGAGCUUGUCAAUCUAUCUCGCAUUAUCCCUCAUCUCGCCUGUCUUGCAGUAUCACCAGCACCCCUUGACUCCGGCACACCAAAGAGCAAAGAGCCUCGCCUGAAACAUCGCUGCAGCGGCCCAUUAGGAGGAGCAUCCUCCAGACUAAUUGGUGGAAGAUGCAACGUAAGAGACAUGCAGGAAACAACAACAAGCAACAACAAAAACAGGGAGAAAGAGGACGGUGAUGGGCAUAUCUUUUAUCCUGCUGUUUCCUGA